AUGCCCGUUCCUGUGGACGCAGUGCGCCCUGCGCCGGUGUCCAAGGCCAAAAUAGAUCUUGCAGACAUCGUAAGGGACGAUGCGCUCACCAACAGUUCUCCAACUCCGGGCAAAACUCGCAAGCGCAAGUGGAAAGCCAAGGGAGCAGAACAGGUUGCAGAACUUCCAGAUACCGUUGAAGCAGAACCUUGGUCAUGGAAAUCCCUGACAGAAUCUUCCGCGAGUAAAAUACCACCAGUCUUCACUGAGGAUGGAAGUUAUUUCUUCGCCGUUUGUGGCUCCUCCGUCAAGAUAUUCUCUGUCGCUACCAGCCAGGUAGUAUCCACGCUCGAUGCCUCCUAUAUCGGCGAAUCUGCUGCAAUGGGUAGCUCCUCAGCUUCUCAUGCGGUGACUGCUGCGAUCAUCAAUCCGCACAAUCCCUUCCAACUGCUUACGGGCUCUCACGACGGAUGUCUGCGGAUAUGGGAUUUCUUGGAUGCUGUUCUUUUGCAGACCAUCAAUGUCAAGCGUCCUAUCUUGUAUGUCGCGGCGCAUCAGAAUUUCAAGGAGCAUGUCUUUGUGGCCGUUGAGCGGCAGGGCAUAAAGAAGACGAAAGGUGGACGCGAAACAGAGGAGCACUAUUCCGAGGUCCUCCGCGUUUCUCUGCAACCGACGGAUGAGACUGCUGGCUUAUCAGUGCAGACUUCUUCUAAAAUAUUGCAAGUGGGAGUCAUGCGCCGCCAGGCGACGGGCUUAGCUCUGUCGCACAGCGGUGCAUGGCUUGUAGCGACUGGUGGACAUACAGUCUACGUCUGCGCGACGUCAAAUCUCAAGGGUGGAUUCACCAAGUUCGUCUCGCCAGAGCAUUUGACAUGCUUCACAUUUCAUCCCUCUGAGGAAUACUUUGCCACGGGCGACGCUAUAGGCUGCGUUCGUCUGUGGUAUUGCCUCAACGCAGGUGCUAUGGUCAAGGCCACUGGCGUAAAGAGGACACCUCAGACGACCAUGAUGCACUGGCACGCGCAUGCCGUCUCUUCCAUUGCCUUCACCCCCAAUGGCGCAUAUCUCCUGAGUGGAGGUGAGGAGGCCGCAUUGGUCAUAUGGGUGUUGCAUUCGGGCCAGAAGGAGAUUGUGCCAAGGGUUGGUGCACCUAUUGUCCACGUUACAUCGUCCAAGUCGGGGGAUAGGGAGGAAGAGUACCUACUUAGCCUCGCUGAUGCAUCAUUCGUCUUCGUUCGUUCUUCCAACCUCCGGAUAUCGCGGUCAAUAGCGCGGAUCAAAUUAGAUCCUGCCACUGGCCAUGCACGGCCAUCUAUACAUGAUCCCGUCCCUCUUGCACUACAUCACCCGACAUCAAGUCUAUUGCUACCUUCGUCUCACCCGUCAGUUCUCCAAAUAUUCUCACCGUCGUCGUCGAAGCUGCUGUCUGAGAUCGAGGUUUCGCCUUCAAACCGAGUAUCGCGGACAGACGAGAAGCCGUUGGAGCCCCCACGAGUGGAACAGGCUGCAAUAUCUGAUUCGGGAGAGUGGAUGGUGACGGUGGAUCGCCGAGAACGUGGUGAUGCCUUUCAUGCCGAGAUGCACUUGAAGGUAUGGUCGUGGGAUCCGAAGUCGCAAUCGUGGCUCUUGAACACAAGGAUCCAUAGACCUCAUGGCGCCGAUAAGGUAACGGCGGUGGCAUUCCGUCCAGGGGCCAGAAGCGCAGAUUCGUUAUUGCUAGUGACGACUGGUGAAGACGGGAAUGUGAAGACAUGGAGAAUACGGUCUGCGAAGUCCAAAUCCGGCGCAAUCGAAGAGUUUUGGGUGGCCAGAUCGACACUUCGCUUCCGCUCAGAGAUACCAAGACAUGUCUCAUGGUCACCGGAUGGCUCGCUCUUUGCCGUCGCGAUGGGGACUCAUAUAUGCUUAUAUGACGAAGUGACAAAUUCCCUGGAGCAGGUCGUGACGUGUACGGAAUGCGGCCAAAUCUCGUCAGCACAUUUCAUCGGCCCUAAUGGUCGUUACAUUGCGGCUGUCGGCCCUCGGGACUUGAUGCUCUGGGAUGUGGUAUUGUCCACAUCGUGCUGGCAUUAUCGUAGCCCCUCCAUCAUCGAACGUCUGGUUGCUCACACAACGAAUGAGUCGUUUGCCGUCUUCGAACAGCUACCUUCCAUUAGCACCGAACCACCAUCUACAAAAGUCCUCCUCUUCCGACCGGCGUGGCCAUAUCCAUCUGUCUCGCGUACAUUGCCGUUCCGUCUUCGGGCUGCCAUAAUGUUCCCAUCUCUCAGUGGUCCGUCGACCAUGUCAUCUUUCACUCUAGUAGGCGUGACCGACUCCUGGCAUGUGGUCCUGUUUGGUGACGACGUCCGUCUUCCCGAAGAACAGGGCUCUACUGCCCGCGCGAUUGAUGAGGAUCCAAGCGCAGGCAAGAGAACUCUUUUCCAGGAUAUAUUUGGCAAGUCUGCCUUCGUAAACCUCAAUGCAGAGAACGCAACAUCUGCUGCAAGUGCUUUAUAUCUGCAGCCAUGGAGAGGGAAGGAGAUUGCUGAGGUCUUCGAUGCGCCUGCACAUCUCAUGCCACCACUCGGUUCAAUAUUCGAUUCGUUGUUAGAUAGCUUCCUGACCGCCAGGCCAGCGAAUGCUAUUUCCAGCGAGUCUGAGGAACAUGAGCGUGACGACGAGGACGAGGAUGCUGAGAUGGAUGUAGUUGAAAACGCUACCAGUAAUCUCAUUACUGUCGACACCCGUAUCGAUCGGGAAGUAGACCAAAAGGAGAUGGACACGUUCGUGGAACUCUUCAAGCACUACGCCGUCCAAGCUCCAAUACCUUCACAGCAGACGCAACCCAGGACUAAUGGUGUGCACAAAACGGAUGGCAUUAGCAAGCCACACACCAACGGCACAUCCCAUGCAUCCCAUGCGAUUCCUGCAGUCACUCCUGCCCACAUACAAGUGAAUGAUACCACCAAAAAAUCACAGGCUCCAGCGCCUGAUCCUGCCGAUGCAUCGCUUGUGGAGACAUCCCCAGUAAUAACUGGUAAAAAGCGGAAAAAGUCGCUAGGUUAG